CGUCUUCAGCCUCAGAGCGCGAACGCCUUCAGACGCACGAGCACUAACCGAGAACGAGGACUUUAACUGUUCGUUUGAUACACCACUCGUCAGCACACAGAGAAGCGAAGAUGUUUGCUUGGGCUGUUAUCGUCAUCCUUAUUGGGCACUUUAAUGUGGCUUUCUCCAGCUGCCCAGCAUGUUCAUGCCCACAGGAGCUUCCCAAAUGCGCUCCUGGAGUCAGUCUGGUCUCGGAUGGCUGUGGCUGUUGUAAAGUCUGUGCCAGACAACUGAACGAAGACUGCAGCAAGACCGAGCCAUGCGACCACACCAAGGGUCUCGAGUGCAACUUCGGGGCCAGCCACGGGGCCACCAGAGGCAUCUGCCGAGCCAAAUCUGAGGGAAGACCGUGCGAGUACAACAGCAGGAUCUACCAGAACGGAGAGAGCUUCCAGCCUAACUGCAAACACCAGUGCACUUGCAUUGACGGGGCGGUGGGAUGCAUCCCGCUUUGCCCGCAAGAGCUUUCCCUUCCCACGUUGGGAUGCGCCAAUCCCAGGCUGGUCAAAGUGCCGGGGCAAUGCUGCGAGGAGUGGGUCUGCGACGACGGGAAGCAUCGGGAGUCCACCGACAAGUUUGGCAACGAUCCAGUGGUUGACGACUCCGAGAGUGACCUCACCAACAAGAACGAGCUCAUCUCCAACGUGAAGCCUGGACUCAAAUCUCUAGCUGCAUUCCGAUCUCAGCUGGAAUCCCAGAAGUGCAUAGUUCAGACCACACCCUGGUCCCAAUGCUCCAAGACCUGCGGCACGGGAGUGUCCACCAGAAUAACCAACGACAACGGCGACUGCAAACUGGUGAAGGAAACCCGGAUCUGCGAAGUCCGUCCAUGCAGCCAAUCACCAUACACCAGCCUCAAGAAGGGCAAGAAAUGCAACCGGACCAAGAAGUCGAUGCAGCCGGUGAAGUUCUCUUACGCCGGAUGCUCCAGCCUGAAGAAGUAUCGGCCCAGAUACUGUGGCUCGUGUGUGGACGGCCGGUGUUGUAGCCCACAGCAAACCCGAACCAUCCGAGUCAAGUUUCGCUGCGACGACGGCGAGACCUUCAACAAGAACGUCAUGAUGAUCGAGUCCUGCAAGUGCACCUAUAACUGCGCCCAAGGCAACGACGCGUCCUACCCCUUCUACAGACUCUUCAACGACAUCCACAAGUUCAGAGACUGAGCGGGCCAGGAACCCGAAAUGGGGGGGGGGGGACUUGUCCGCCGGCCAAUCGACUCCUGAUGUAACGAGAUUCCCACGGAAUUACGGAUUUACAUUACGGGGACUUUGAAGUGCACUGUUUGCUGAGGCCUGUCGCACUGCAAAAAACACUUUUCGUACUCCGUAUUUUGGCCUCGUUUCCAGUCCACAUAUCAAACGUUUCUUAAAUCAAGAUGCAUUUACUAAAGCAAUAAAACGACAUUAGAUGUUAAGUCUUGUUUUAUGGGAAAUACAAAUUAACGGUUCGAAUUUGAAUCUGUUGACACUUCAUUGAUUACUUCCCCAGAAAACAGGACCUAACAUCUUGUGUCAUUUUACUCAUCUAGAAAAUGCAUCCUGCAUUGAAGAAUUUUUUGAUAUUUGGCCUGGAAACGAGACAAAAACACAGCGUUUUUUGCAGUGCGGCGUUUUUGGAAAAGACUCGCUUCACACUGGAGCGCUACGUUUUAUAGCUUCGUUACGGAGCAACCUGUAAAAGAUGUAAAUAUUACAAUUCCUGAUGUAUAUCUUGAUGUCUAAAUAACAAAACAUGAACCAAAACUGUAGACUGUGUGUGUGCGUGUGUGUGUGUAUUGCCAAUUGUAGAUAUGCACAUGCUUAAACGUACAACUGGUAGACUAUGAACCUGGCGAAGGUUGAGUUUGUCCGCAGUAACGCUCCCUCCUGACGUGGGCGAACGCAUCCUCAGUGUUUGGCAGCUAAUGGAAUCCAACUCCACGACACGAUCAAAUAAGGUUGAAUGAAUGUUUUAUUGUUGUUAUUAAUAUUAUUUAUCACAAAUGUAGCUCUUUUAUUUGAACAUUGUCAUACUGGAAUAAAGUGUAAAAUGAUCUAAUUUUAUAUGUUACAAAUAAAAGAUUUAUUUAUGAACUGAA